GUACCGAGCCUUCUCGCCCAGUAGUCAACGAGAAGGCGGGUUUUCCGGCGUCGGUUGCUAAGACAAGCACGUUUCUCUCCUUAACAACCACUGGGAGGCUGGCGUCUGAGGUCGAGGUGAUGCAGCAGAAUGCCCUACUUAUGCAAAGCUAUUUGGCCUGAAUUCUAACCAUUCCUAGCCUGCUUCUGACUGGCUUCCUGCAGGCUGCUCAGCCCCCUCCCAGGGUCACAGUGGACCAGCAAUGGCAGACACCGGGGAGGGGAAAAAAGAGGAUGCAGACUACAAGAGACUUCACAUGUUCCCACUUAUCAGGCAUUCAGACAUGCCAGAGGAAAUGCGAGUAGAGGCCAUGGAGUUGUGUGUUACUGCUUGUGAGAAAUAUGCCACCAACAAUGAGAGUGCAGCCAAGAUGAUCAAGGAAACAAUGGACAAGAAGUUUGGCUCCUCCUGGCACGUAGUGAUUGGUGAAGGUUUUGGUUUUGAGAUCACCCAUGAGGUGAAGAACCUGCUGUACAUGUUUUUUGGAGGCAGCCUGGCGGUUUGUGUUUGGAAGUGCUCUUGACAUAACUCUGCCUAUGUACAAGCCUGCCACCACUGGGAGAUUUUUUCAGACUUUUGAUUGGGUUUUUUUGUACAACAAGGGCAGCUUUAUUUUUAAUAAUAAAAUAUUGGGCUUUUUUCUUAUUUAUAUACCAGUUUUAUGGAAAAUCUUAGCGUGUGCGUGCGUGUAAAUCUGUUGAGCUACCUAAUCCAGCUCAAAGGGUUUCUGAUUUUACCAAUGUGGCUUUUUACUGAGAUGAUGCAAGAAGAAUCAGGGAAUGGUGAUUUUUUUUGGGGGGGGGGGCGCACAGUUUAUGAAGCCAUACAUCCCGGAUGGGAGAAGAGAGAAGAGUCCUAACCUGCAACCGCCUUCUCCUUGUUGUCUUCCUGUUUUCUGGGAGAAGACCAGGGAGGGAAAAGGCAACUGGUUUCUGCCUGACCAGAUGACAGCUGCCUGUUUUUGAAAAGCAUGCAGUGCCAGCCUUCAAAACCUGACCCGGUGGAUGGUUGCUAGGAUAAUUGCCCUUCCGCCUCCUCACCACACCUACAGAGCACUGAUAUAGUGUGUAAAGCGUAUGGCACACAAAUAGAGACUAUUUUACAUAGCAUGCAGGGUGGGAUGGGGGUGUCAUGAUGGCAAUAUGUUGUUAUCUUGUUUAGAGACGGGUAGUGGGAAGCAGCUCCAUCUGAGCUGCCAGUUUUUCAAACUUUAAAGUACGGUUGUACUUCCAUUGUGUAGAGUUUAAUAAUGCUUUCACAAAGGUGUUGAUUAAUGGAAUGACCACAAUUGUAUUUUGUAUAUGUCUUAUUUGAAUUCAGAGUGUGAAAGGGACUUCAAUACUUUUUUACAAUAAUAAAGCUUUAAAAUUCA